AAACUCACAAUUAAAAUUUAUAUCACAACUUCAAUUUCAUUUUUUAUAUCAUUAAAGAUAUUUCAAGAUAAUUCAAAUAUUUAUUUUUGUUCCUUAGUUUAAGAUAACCUUCUUAAAUCUUUAAUCUUCCAGUUAUUAAGUGAAUUUAAACACUUUCUUCUAUUUGUUUACAAUUUUUUAAGAAUGAAGUACUUGAAAAGAAAUGGAUAAAACAAAUUUAAAGAUCAAGGACGUUUCUAAAGAUAAACAACAUCUCAAAACUCAUAUUCCCUUUAUCGAGGAUAUGGUAAAAAGAUGCAAAGACACACAAUAUGAAGAGACAUGGAAGAAAAUGUUAUUAGUGAUCAGCUCAGAUAUGUCCUUAUCACUCAGUCGUAUACAAACUUUGGAAGAAAAAAUUUCUAAACUGAAAGAGGACAUGAAAAAACAACAAAAAGAAUUGGAAUGUCAUCUCAAUGUGAAAAUUAAAGAGGAAAAGUGUGAAAAUAGUCACGAAAACAUCGAUUCAACAAAUACUUCAGCUAGAGAGCAAAUACCAAAACAUGAGGAAACUCCUUAUGAUGAUUUACUAGAAGUUAUUAAAACAGAAACUCCAAAAACAGUUUCAGGACAAGAAGAUAUUGAAAAUAAGAAAUCUGUUAAAGAUAAAUCUUCUUCCCCUAAAGGAGUAUCUAAUAAGUCAAAAAAUAUCCAGAAAAAAAAGAAAUCUAACAACCCAACACUUAGAAUACGUUUAAAUAGAAGAAAAAAAGUUAACAAAGUACGAAAAAAAAGCCAAAAAACAAAAACUAAUUUAUCGAAGAAAAAUUCAAAGAAAUGUAUCGAAAAACCAGAUUCGAUAUUGGAAGAGGAAGACGAACCUUUACUUGUAGAAAUUGUGAAGAAAAAAGACGAAAAUGAAGCAUUAUUGUCAAAGAAAAUGAUUGAAAACUUGAAAGAUCUUAACAACAAAAAGAAGAAUGGCGUAAAACGGAACUCGCCCUAUGAUUUUAUUGGCAAUAGGAAGAUAGCACAAUUGAACGCAGCUGUUAAUGAAUUGUCAAAAAACGGUGAACCGAAUCCUGAAGAGAUUUUAAAAUCCUUUGAAAGAAUAUUGGGUCAAGUAUUCUUUUUGAAAUUUAAAACCUUAUUGGACAAAGGAAAAGCCGGUUACAACGAGUUGGAGUUGUUAAAUCGAUCUUUAUCGUCUUCGUUUAUCGGAGAAGCUGUCAAAGCAACCUCAUCAAAAUUACGUCAUGGGAGAUCUUUUGGCAGUGAUAAAAAUGAGAACGUCAAAGUUAAGUAUGAAUUAAAGGAAUGCUGCGUUUUGAUCGAGAGAUUAGAUUAUGAACUCGUUCAAACUACGGUCAAAAUUCAAAGUGAUGGAUCAUUCAAGAAAAUUGAUUACAAUGCACAGCAAACUUUAAUACCAUUAGAUGAAAUCAAAAAAGAACCUUCAACUGAUAUGAUGGAGGAAAUUGAUGCGACUACAGACUCAAAGCCUUGUUUAGUUAGUCACAUUUCAAAAUUCAUUCAGAAUUUGGAAAUAAUUGUUGAAAACAUUUCAAUCACCAACUGCCGAGGAGGAAAACUCUUCAAAUGUAAACAAAGACGAGAUCACAAUUGCAAUUUUGAAAGUUUUGAUGAAGAAAUAUUCAAGUAUCAUAUUCAAUCAAAACAUUUUCUUGUCAAAUGGAGCGGAUUUUGUGAGACAUGUAAGAAAAGUGUUUCAAAUAUUAAUCCUCUGCUUGAAGAAUAUUUCCAUAUAAAAAAUUGCCAUAAUGAAGGGAUGUUAACUGAAAUAACUGAAAUCGAUCAAAAUAAAAGUCAGUGGAAAGUUGGUGAAGCAAAGAAUGGAGAGUUGAAUAAAUUAAAACUUUUCAAAGUAGAUGCUGCUGAGAAAAAACCUUCAACGGUAGUCGCAAAUGUCCCAAAAUUGAGUGAGAAACCAUCAGAAGUACCGAAAUUAAGUGAGAAACCAUCAGAAGUACCGAAAUUAAGUGAGAAACCAUCAGAUGUACCGAAAGUGACUGAGAAACCAUCAAAUGUACAAAAACUGAGUGAGAAACCACCAGAAGUAUCCGAAGCAGCAGAGAAACCACCAGAAAUGUCUGAAACAGCAGAAAAAACUGCUGAAGAAACUCAUCCACCUACAACAACAAGUGAAAUAGAAUCGACUACAAAACUUCGGCCUUGGCUGAACAUGCAAGACUCAAAAACAAAUGAAGCCAUUACACACAUGUUGAAGCAUUCCUAUUUGUUCCAUUUGUAUAAAUGUAUGGGAUCGUCGUGUAGUUUAACUACAAAUAACCCAAAAACGUUCACAAAUCAUCUUUCAGAACAUAAAAUUUCACAUAAUUCUGACAUUGGCAAUUUUGGAAGUUGCGCCUAUUGUAGUUUUAAAACAUUUCUACCGAAGAAGUUAGUGAUCCACAUCGAGAGUAAACAUUCGACAUCCAAGUUUUCUUGCUCAAAGUGUUUCUUUCGCGCCAUAUCAAAACAACAUGUGCUUUGGCAUUAUGAAGUUUUUCAUGAAUUGAAUGCAAACACCAAGCAAUUAAUGGUUUUAGAAUGUAUAGGAAGUGGAGAAAAUGAUAUUAAUGAUGAAAUCAAUAACAUCAGACUUAAUUUAGCGGAGCACGUUCCACCAAUAAUUUGUGCUUCAUGCAAGAAUAAAUCUUUUAAUAAGUCUGCCUUCAUCACACAUCUUAUCGAAAAACAUCCAGAUUGGAAGAGUUGGAAGAAUCGAUGUAAAAAAUGUCAUGAAGAUGUCGAUUCACAGAAUAUUUUUCAACACUUGGAGACUUGUCAUCAAAUAUUUCGUUUCCAAUGUGCAUUCUGCGUUUACGGAUGUGAAGAACUUAAAGAAAUUCGAUAUCAUUUGAUGAACUUUCAUUCAAAUGAACGUCCUUUCUUCUGCGAAAGAGUGAAAUCGAAAUAUAAAGUUAAAAACGAUCCAACUAAUAUCAAUAAUUUUGUCACUUUGAAAUUGAUGGAAUUCAAAGAUAGCGAAACGAGUUAAAUGAAUUAAAUAUCUCGCUCAAAAUGAAUUAAAUUAUACUUAAUAUCUUAAAAUAUGAUUGAAUAAAGAAUUUGUACUUGUCAAUUGGAUUUUUAAUUUUAAAUCUCAAUUCCAACCCUUAGUUCGAAAU